AUGAUAACAUAUCAACAAGGAAAAGUUGUUAUUAAUUUAGCUGGUGAUGUUAUGAUUGGUCGUUUAAUUGAUCAACUACUUCCAACUUCUGUUCAUAAUCCUGAAGAAGCAGCCAUCGUCCGUCAAUUUCGAUUAUCUCGAAGUUUACGUUAUCCCUAUUUACAAGAAGGUUUAUAUAAUUAUGCAACCGUUUGGGGAAAUACAAUUCCAUUGUGGAAAAUGGGAAAUUUGAAUAUUAUUAAUUUGGAAACAUCUGCAACUACUCAUGAUAAACGUUGGCCUGGUAAAGCUUUCAAUUAUCGUACUCAUCCUGCAAAUAUAGCAUGUUUAACAGUGGCAAAUAUUCAUCAUGUUUCUCUUGUUAAUAAUCAUUCUUUAGAUUUUGGAGUACGAGGACUUGAAGAAACAUGUGAAAGUUUAGAGAGAUUUGGUAUAUCCUAUGUUGGUGCAGGUAAAUCACGUGAACAUGCUCUUGGUCCAGUUUUUCUUGAUGUACCUAUAACAUUUUCACCAAUUGAUGUAAAACUACCGCCUAUACCGAUCAAUGGAAUGGCACCUCGUUCAUUGACAUCACUUAGAAUUGGUUUACUUUCAGCAUCUGAUCAUCCAUUAGAUUGGUUUUCUAUUCCUUUAUUUCAUCUUCUUGCACAUUAUGAUCUUCUAUCAGUUUAUGCUCAAUUUAAACCUCUUAUUACUACUGCUCGUUUGAAUUCUGAUUUCGUUAUAUUUUCUAUUCAUUGGGGUCCAAAUUAUCAAUGGAUACCAGAUCAAAAAAUUCAAGAACUUGCUCGAUGGAUGAUAUAUCAAGGUGUUGAUCUUAUACAUGGACAUUCAAGUCAUCAUGUACAAGGUAUUGAAAUUAUUCAACGUCAAAAUGGUACUCAUGGUUUAAUAUUAUAUGGUUGUGGUGAUUUUCUUGAUGAUUAUGCAAUUGAUCAAUUAUAUCGAAAUGAUCUUAGUGCAUUAUUUCAAUUACAUCUAUCAAUAUCACCAUUACCUUCACAAGAUGGAAGAUCAAAAUCAAUUCGUCUUCAAUCACUUUCAAUUUUUCCAACACGAUGUUCGAAUUUUCAAGUUAAUCGAUUAAGUUUACAAGAUGUUGAUUGGACAUGGAUAAAAGAGAAACUCAUUCAAUUAAGUAAUGUUGGUAGAAGAACAUGGACAAUUGGUCAAAACAAUAAUAUACAACUUCUUAUUGAUACAUAUAUGGAUUGA